UUCGUUAUCUGCGUUAUGUAUGAACCGACCCUCACAUCGACCUUCUUUCACUUGGUUACGAACCACCGUCCAACGAAGAUGAACCGAAACAUCGCGCUCGCCACCGCUGCCGUCCUGAUCCUGGCCCUGUCCACGGUCUACGCGGAAGUCGUACAUUCGACACCGUGUCCAACCGACUCCGAAGAAACUGAAGAAUGUACCAUACAUGAAGUACGUGUUGAUCCAUGUAGAGAAGCCGACGAAAGAAAGCCCUGUACUUUAAAGAGAGGUCACAAUGCAAGCAUAAGUUUCGACUACACUCCCCAGUUUAGUGGUUCAUUAUCCAGCAGGGUAUACUGGGCUUCUGAGAUCGUGGAUUUGCCAUUCUUGGGCAUGCCGCUCGAUGCAUGCCCAUCCACAGUUUGCCCAGCCGCUCCUGGUCAAAGGCAAUCAUUCAUAACAACAAUACCUAUGUCUAAAAAAUUCCCUGCGCGAACGUAUGAUCUCAAAUGGAAGCUGUGGAAUGAACAGAAUCAAAUGUGCUGUUUCAUGUUCCCAAUUAAAUUGGUAAAAUGAAAUUAUUGUUCUUAAAUCUUCAAUGUAUCAUCCUUUUUAAUGAUUAUAAUUCGAUAAUUAAUAAUUUAAGAAAAUAAAUAUAUUCAUAUCAAUA